AUGAAGAUAAAAUAAAUAAUAACUUAGAAGAAGUUAUAAAAUUAUAACUAAAAAAAUUUAUUUUUUAUUAAAAUAAAGUAAAAACAUAAAUUCAAAUAAUUAAAUUUACAAUUAGAUACAGAUGAAUUCAAUAAUUUUAAAAAUGAAUAAAUUAUAUAUAAAUAAUAAUCCACGCGUGUUAAACAAGUUAGUAUAGAUUAAUUAUCAGAGUCAAUAAUAGAACAAAAAAACGAAGAAGAUAAUUAAAUAUUAAAUUAGGGUAAAAUGCAUUUAUAAUAAUAUAAAAUCGAUGAUGUUUAUAUGGUCGAUAAGUGUGAAUUUGUAGAUUGUAAUACACCUACGAAAUCAAAAUAAAUUCAAAAAAAAGGACUAUCUAUUUCUUAGGCUAGUUACACAAGUUAUCAAUAGAAAGAUGAAGAAUCUAUUAAAGAAGAUGAACCCGAAAAAGAAUCUGAACCUGAAUUAUUAUAAUAAACGUCAGUUUUGCAUAAUAAUAAUUAGAAAUAAAUUAAAAUUGAUGAAUUGGAAGAGGAAAAUAAUAAACUAAGUUAUAAAAUGGAUAUUUAAGAGCCUAUUUAAGAAGUAAUUAUAGAAGAUUUAAAAGGGGAAGAACUAGAUGAUGUACAUAUGAAUUUUUAAUAAUAAAUUGCUAAAUAAGAAAGAGAAAAUGAAAAAUAAUAUUUAAAAAAUAUUGUUAAAAAUGAUACAAAUUAAGUAGAAUAAAAUAUGUAUUAAUUUAAAGAUGUAUCAGAAAGUAUUUAAAGUAUAAGAUAAUUUUAAAAUAAUUAAAUUAUUGAAAAUGUGAAUGAAGAGGAAAAGGAAAAUUGAU